GAGAGAGGCGGAUGAACGGGGCUCUGUGAUACGAAAGCCGGUAAUUAGCGGCGUGCCUUCGCGACGAGCAGGGCACUGCUGGCAGAGGAGCAGCCCGGUGGCGGACGAUCAGCUCCGGGGCGAUGAGGAGAGGGGGGAGCGGACGGCGGAACGCAUUCAGCCGCAGAGGAAAGCUGUGGGGACCAUUUCACAACCAGCUCCAGCGGCGUCCCCGGCGCGCGCAUCCUGCGUCUCGGCCAGCCGUCGGGCUUCCGUGGUGACUUGUUGAUGUAGGGUGGAGCUGGACGCGCGCACGGCCAGCAGCAGAACGUCCCGGUGUGAAUGAGAUGAUCUCCGUCGUCACGGUGCCGAUCCCCCGGAUCCGCUCUUUCGCGGGGAAAGGGGCGCCCUUCUGACCGCGGCAGGGUUGGGUUCUCACGUCUGGUGACCUCCUGCUCCGGGGACGACCCCCCCCCCCCCCCCCCCCCCCCCCCCCCCCACCAGCGCAGACUGACGGUGACGGAGACCACCGAUGCGUCCGGCAGCUCCUGAUGCUCGGCAGUGCUCCGGGGCUUUCCGGUCGGUGGGAGAGGCUCGAGCCGCGCCCGCGCGCUAGGAUGCUGCGCCAGGUGUUGCACGCGGGCCUGAGGACCUCCUUCCACGCGCUGGGCCGGUUCGUGGCGGGCCACCCGGUGUUCUUCGCCUCGGCGCCCGUGCUCAUCUCCAUCCUCCUCGGGGCCAGCUUCAGCCGGUACCGCGUGGAGGAGGACGUGGAGAGCCUGCUCGCGCCCAAGCACAGCCUGGCGAAGAUAGAGGGCAACCUGGUGGAAAGCCUGUUUCCGGUGAACCGCUCCAAGCACGCGCUUUACUCCGACCUCCAGACACCGGGCAGAUAUGGGCGCGUGAUCGUCACCACCCGAAAGGGCAGCGUGCUGGAGCCGCUUCACCUGGACACCAUAUUAAAGCUCCACAGACGGAUCUACCAGAUGCAGGUGACGGUGCCGGCCUCGGGCUCCAACAGCUUCAACUACUCCUUCUCCUACCUCUGUCUGCCCGAUGACAAGAACGUCUGCAUCAUCGACGAUAUCAUCCGCGCCAUGGAGGAGAUCCAGUCGGCUCGCGCCUUCAACCGCACCAUCCCGGUGCUGCGCUACCCAAUCACGCAGCUGGCGGACGGGCGGCAGGCGUACAUCGGCCACCAGCUGGGCGGCGUGCAGGGGUGGGGCCCCAACGGCGCCGUGAGGGGUCCGGGGCUGGGAGCCAGGGGCGAGGCUGUGCGAUCCGCCCGGGCGCUGCAGCUCACCUACUACCUCCAGGCCCGGGGCAGCCUGAUGGACCGAGUGGCUGGCCAGUGGGAAAAGGCCUUCUGUGCAGAGUUACGGCACUUCUCGGCGCUGCACCCGAAGCUGGGGCUCUACCCGUCCACUUCCUCGUCUCUGAGGACCGACUUCCAGUUCUCCUCUGUGCUGGCGCGCCGCCCCCUGUUGGCCAGCCUGGGCGUUUGCGGCUUCCUGGCCAUUCUCUGCUGCUCCAUGAGGGACUGUGUGAGAUCCAAACCCUGGCUGGGACUGCUGGCUCUGUUGUCAAUCACGCUGUCAGGCCUCACGGCUGCUGGGAUUCUGAACCUGACUGGAGCGACCUACAACUCCACCUACUUGGGCAUCCCCUUUGUCAUGCUCGGUCACGGCCUCUUCGGCUCCUUCGAGAUGCUGUCGUCCUGGAGACGAACCCGCGAGGACCAGCACGUCAAGGAGCGGGUGGCCGGCGUCUUUGAGGACGUCAUGCUGCGUUUCUCUGGCUCCACCAUGCUCCACCUCAUGACUCUGGGCCUCGCCGCCUCGCCGCUCACCAACAUGGAGGCCGUCCGGCUCUUCUGCCGCACCGCCGCUCUGGCCAUCACCAUCAGCUACGUGUACAUGCUGUCCUUCUACAGCUCCUGCCUGGUGUUCACGGGCUACUUAGAGACCGGAUACAGACACGGAUGCUUCUGCCGCAGAGUCCCCAAACCGGAGCGCCUGGACUCCAAGCCGGCCUGGUACCGGUGCCUCAUGUACACGCGCUACCAAGACGAGGCGCAGAGCACCAGCGUGCCGCACGCAGCCGGCCACGGUCCCCCUCACCCACCAGCUCCCAGCCUGACGCACACUCACGUGCACACGCACCCGCACGCCGCAAACAACCCCAACGCACACGCUCACAUGGUGAACUCCGCGCACGCGCACCCGCGCACGCAGUCGACGGCCAGUGCGGACCCUCAUCCUCAGGACUCGCACCUGCUGCUGGGCUGUGUGAGGCGUUGCUAUGGGGACUGGAUCACUAACACCUAUGUCAAGCCCUUUGUGGUCCUGCUGUAUCUGAUUUACAUCUCCUUUGGGCUGAUGGGCUUCCUGCAGGUGACCCAGGGUUCAGACCCCAGUGCGCUGGUUGCCAUGGAUACAGCCACAGUGUUGUACACUCGCGCCCAGCAGCGCUACUUCAGCUCCUACUCACCUGUCAUUGGAUUUUACAUCUAUGAGAGCGCCCCCUACUGGAACUCCUCGGUGCAGCGGGACCUGCUGGAGUACGCCAAGGGCUUCCAGCGAAUCAGCUGGCUGGAGGCGUACCUGAACUACCUGUCCGACCGCAACCAGUCCACCAGCCAGCCCCGCGAGAACUUCACCCACAUCCUGCGCCACUCCUUCCUCCGCGAGCCGCAGUUUGCCCACUUUGCCGACGACAUCAUAUUCGCAGAGCGGGGCCAGGGCGAGGAGCCCGAUGUGGCGGCCUCUCGCAUCUUUUUGGUCGCCAAGACGACGGAGAACAAGCGUGAAGAGAUGUCGGUGCUGCUGGACACGCUGCGGCGGCUGUCGCUGACGUCGCAAGUCCGGUUCCUCAUCUUCAACCCCUCCUUUGUCUAUUUGGACCGCUACGCUGCAGCCGUCAGCUCGCCGCUCAGACACUCACUGCUGGCGGUGCUCUUCCUCCUCGGUUUGUCCUCUCUGGCGGUCGUGGAGCCGCUGGUGUCCGUGUGGCUGGGCCUCACCUUGCUCUCCGUCCAGUUUGGAGUACUGGGCUUUAUGACCUUGUGGGGGGUGGAGCUGGACUGCAUGUCUGUGCUGUGUCUAAUCUCGGCUUUGGGGCACUCAGCGGACUGCAGCGGCCCCCUGCUGUGCAGCUUCACCUCGGGCCGGGGGGAAAGCAGGACUCGCUGGGUGAGAGUGGCGCUGGAGAGACACGGGGUUCCCUCUCUACAGACGCUCAUCUGCUACAGCGCCGCCCUGGUGCCUGUCGGCUCCGUGCGCUCCAACCUCACGUGCACGCUGUUCCGCUGCCUCGCCGUCACCGCCGGAUGCUCGGCCCUGCACACCCUGGCGUUCCUGCCCACCCUCCUCACGUUCCUGCCCCCCUCCAAGAACCGCGGCCACCGGGCCGGGGGCGAGGGGCAGAGACAGGAAGUGGAGUGCGUGGAAAUGAACGACAGCACUCGAGUAGUCGACCAGAUCACCACUGUUUAAGCACGGGACGCUGCUGCUUUUAUUUGGCCUCUUUAUUGCCAUGGUAACCACAAACUGGGAAUUAGUUAAUGUAGUUUGUGCAGCCUCUGUGCAUGCUAUAGGAAAAAAGGAGGGAAUCAGACAUUGACAACUCAAAACAAUUACUAACAAGUAACGUGAAACAGGAGGCUGGUAAAGACGAGCUUUGGGCCUGGACGGUACAUUAGCCCAUUAGAGGUGCCACAAUUUUCACAUGUAGGAAACUCGCUUUAUAUCAAAUCACAUUGUUUUGCUGCUGCUGCAUCUUCCCAUCACACAGCUGCAAUGACGCGAGGCAAUCAUCUGUGACUUUCUACUUGCCAGACAAUGACGUCAAAUUAAGAGGACGUGGUCUGGACUGGGUUUGGCUUUUUAAAUGUUAGCAAUGGGCGAUUUGUUAAAGGGCAAAGUAGCCGUUCACAUUCGUAGGUCAAAGGUCAAACGAUGAUGUCAAAACUGCACUUUACUUUGUUACUUUGUUAUGGUUUGGUUUGGCUGGAAUGAUCAAAUAAAGUGGGGUGAACCUA